UUUUCUUUGUUAAAAGUAUACCACAAACUCACAAAAUCUCAUAUUUUUUUGUCUACCCUCACAUCGUAAAUAACGAACUGCAUUUUACAUAAUGUCCGACUCCAUUUUUGUUUUUGGUGAAAUAUUCCGGGCAACGAGAAAGCAAGACGUCAUAUCUGCACUUCCACUGGAACUUUCUUGGAGAAUUUUCUCGUAUUUGGACUCAUAUUCACUCCGCAAAGUAACACUAAUCAGUAAUCUGUGGAAAAACAUAAUUUUGUCCAACAAAAAAUUGCAAGACCGACUGAAUAUUUUUGAUUUAGCUGUUACACUUGGCUCGGAUAAACUGGCGAAAUUCCACAGAAGAAACCAGCGUAAACUCAAGAAGUUUAAGAAGAACAAAAACUUUAUUCCUAUAAUGGAAACCGAUGCGGUAUCGACGCAGACCACAACUAUUCCGCGGUCAAAGCGGCGCGGGGAUACAUUAGUGGUCAGCACAAAGCGUUAUAAAAUAUUUUAAUUAUCUCUAAUACCACUUAAUAGUCUCUCUGGACAAUUAAACCUGCC